AGAAGAGAGGCGCGCACACCUCUCCGCUCCAGAGAGACCAGGCGCACCAACCCAGGCGAGACAGGAGCGCGUCUGCUGCCGCUGCUGAGUGCCAGACACCAUGCCAGUGCCGGAUCACCGAGGGGACCCGGGCCGAUGGACCAAUGUCAGCUAUCGUGUGCGGCAGCCCAGCCAGCCAGAGAUUGCGCCGAGGAGGAAGAAACGGAAUUGGUUCAACAGGUGUUGCCGGUGCUGCUCGGGUCAAGGGGACGAUGGAGACUGGGGUCCCUCACCCGGCGAGGUCCCCGGGCGGCGGGCGGAACCCGUUGUCCGCGAGGGCAUGCUGGUUAUCAGCGGGAUCGAUUUGAUGAGCGACCGGACCAGCAGCAACCGCCGCAGUCACCACACGGAUGAGUACGAAUACAACCACCUCAUACUCCGCCGUGGGCAGCCGUUCGAUAUGAAGCUCCAGUUCCAGCAGCCCUACGACCCUGAAGAGCAUCGCGUCUGCCUGGAGUUCCUCAUCGGCCCCACACCGCAAGUCUCCAAGAACACACACAUUCUGGUUCCUGUGGGCAGCUCCCUGGGCGACUUGGGCUGGGCGGCAGACGUGACCAACAGGGGCACCAACAGCAUGACCCUCCGGGUCUUCACCUCCCCCAAAGCCGUGAUCGGGAAGUACCAGUUCAGCGUCAAGACGCGAAGCAAGGCGGGCGAGUACCAGGCGCCCUUUGACCCCCACAACGAGAUUUACAUCCUCUUCAACCCGUGGUGCUCCGGGGAUCCCGUUUACAUGAAGCAAAGCGAUUGGCUGGAGGAAUAUGUGCUGAAUGAGUCUGGGAGGAUCUACUAUGGCACUGAAAGCCAGAUUGGGGAGCGAACGUGGAAUUAUGCUCAAUUUGACCAAGGAAUCCUCGAUGCCUGUCUGUACAUGUUGGACCGUCGCGGGAUGCCUCAUGCAAGUCGCGGAGACCCAAUCAUGGUCUCCCGCGUUAUCUCUGCCAUGGUGAACUCCCUAGAUGACAAUGGGGUGCUCGUCGGGUGUUGGACGGGCGACUAUUCCCGAGGCACCAACCCUUCGGCAUGGGUGGGAAGCCGGGACAUCCUCCUGAAGUAUUACAAAUCAGGCUACCCUGUCCUCUACGGGCAGUGCUGGGUGUUUGCUGGAGUCGUGACCACAGUGUUGCGGUGCCUGGGCAUUCCCACGCGGACCGUCACCAACUACAACUCGGCGCACGACACAGACGUCAGUCUCACGAUGGACAUCUACUUCGAUGAGAACAUGAAGCCGAUAGAGAACCUAAACGCGGACUCUGUCUGGAAUUUCCACGUCUGGAACGACUGCUGGAUGACACGGCCUGAUCUGCCUUCAGGGUAUGACGGAUGGCAGGUGGUGGACGCUACUCCGCAGGAGUCCAGCAGUGGCAUCUUCUGCUGUGGGCCCUGCUCCGUAGAGGCCAUCAAGAAUGGGCUGGUCUACAUGAAAUACGACGCCUCCUUCUGUUUUGCUGAGGUGAACAGCGACAAGGUGUACUGGCAGCGCCAGUCCGAUGGGUCUUUCAAGAUUGUCUACGUGGAGGAGAAAGCCAUUGGCCACCUCAUCAGUACCAAGGCGGUGGGUUCCGACAAGCGCCACGACAUCACCGAUAUUUACAAACAUGCUGAAGGAAGUGACGCCGAGCGCAAAGCGGUAGAAACUGCAGCCAAACACGGCACCAAGGCCCACAUCUACAUCAACAAGGAGUGGGGAGACGACAUCUCGGUGACAGUGGACACCCAAGAGGCCUACACGGGCCAAGACAUCUCCUUGCGGGUCAACCUGAAGAACCGGAGCAACAUGCCCCGCGAUGUCUCCCUCAACCUCUUUGUGGCCGUCAUGUACUACACGGGCGUAACCGGCAGCAGCUUCAAGAAGGAGCAGCGGCAAGUCCAGGUUCCGGCAGGCGGAGCCCAGGCCGUUCCCAUGGUGAUCUCCUACGCGGAGUACAAGCCCCACCUGGUGGACCAGGGGGCCAUGAAGCUCAGCAUCUCCGGCAAAGUGUCCGAGACCGGGCAGGUCAUCGCAAAGGAGCAUACUUUCCGUCUGCGCACGCCCGACCUCACCCUCACGUUGCUGGGCCCAGCGAUCGUCGGACAGGAGACCCAAGUCCAGAUUCUCUUCAAGAACCCUCUUCCUGUCACCCUGACCAACACCAUUUUCCACAUGGAAGGAUCGGGCCUCUCCACCCCCAAUACGAUGACCGUGGGGAAUAUCGGCCCGCACCAGACCGUGACACUCCGCCAGACCUUCACACCGCUGCGUGCAGGACAACGCCAGCUGGUUGCCAGCAUGGACAGCCCACAGCUCUCCCAGGUCCACGGGGUGCUGACAGUCAAUGUGACCCAGGGACCCCCGCCUGGACCGUCUGCCUCCCCUGCCCCUGCUCGUGGCUCUCCUGCCCGGGUCCGCAACUCGCCAGUCCCUGCCCGAGCAUCCCCCGCCCUCGCCCGGGCCUCUCCUGGCAGGCAGCCUACCGGCCGCGCCAGCCCAGCAAAUGCUCACGGUUCUCCAGCUCGCCAUCCGGAUCCCCGAGGGUCCCCCAAUGCCCGUGGGUCACCUGCGGCGAACAGGACAGGGCGGACAGGGCGACCUGUCUGAACCAGAUCUUAACGAUCACGUACUGUAUAAUUAUCAUAGAAUGCCGGCAGAACCAGGAGGGCAAAAUAGAGGGGCCAGAGACCACAGCCGUGGAGACGGGGGUGUUGCCGAAAACUUACCUAUGGCAUGUAAUCUCUCCGUCCGUCUGUCCGUCCGUCCACCCACCGACAAAGACCACCGUACUAUCUGUCGACCCUCUCUGCUUCCACCCUUCUUUUGUUAUCUCUGCUUUUGCCACGCAACUUUGUUUUAUGCCGUCUUUCCGCUUAUCCAUGUCUUCUAUAUUUAUCCACUCCAGCCUCCUCACACGCCUCCAAUUUCUCCAUCCAUCCCCUUAGGGAACUGUCAGCCGUUUUCUCUUUGGCUUUCUCUCCGUCCACAUGCAAUUGUUCCCUUCCGACUUCCUGAAUUUCUCACCACCAGCCCACCCUCUGGUCCCAAGUUGGCAGAUUUUUUUUUAUUCCCAAAACGCUUCCAGCGGUGAAGGUUAGACCCUUGCCACCCGGCACCCUCCAAAGUCACCCUUACAAACCUUCCUGUCGGGGCCCCGUAAAAUUAUUUUAUAGAUCUCUCUCUCUCUUCUUCUCUCACUGUAACGUUCUUUCGUUUUCAAAAUCUACACUGAACCUCACUCGAGCAAACUUGCUCCCACCGAUACUGGAGGCACAAUUGCCACUUUGCCCACUAGAAACUUCCCACUAGCUUCGCUCCCUCCCUAGCUCCCAUUUGGAAAGGUUAAUUUGUAUAGGCUUGAGCGAGGGGGUAUUUUUUAAGGAAUUGCCCCGAGAAAUGUAACUGGGGCCGGGGGGGGGGGGGCAGGGUUGGGCACUGCUUGAGGAAGACUAAUGCACUGUAAAAUAUAUUGAUUUGGACUUCGCCGUCUUGCCUAUAUUCAUUCAUUUAAAUGUACACACUUACAAAAUGACCGUGAACUUCCUUGACGAGCACUGAAA